UUUGAUUUACAAUAAAUAUUGAAGUGUAGAACUGGGUCAAUUUUUCUAAUUAAAAAACCAAUUACCUAAAUUAAUAAUUUACAAAAAAAACCGAUCGUUGUAAGAACAAGAUGGAUACAUUUUGGAAAAUUUCUCGUAUCAAGUGGAAAACCUCUUACUCCGACAUUGCCAAUUGAAUUAAGAAAGAUAAAAAUGUAGUCCUGUAUUUUUAUAAUUCUUCGUUUUUUAUCGCUUACUAAUUACGCAAGUAAAUGAUGUCGCCGCCUUUACAGAAUUUGUUCGAUUUAAGCUGUCUCUUAGAUAAUAUCGAUAUUCAAUUGUGUUGUCGUACCGAAAACGGUAUAAAGCAGCUAUUGGCUUUGGUUACUGGCGAAGGUGAUAUCGUUCUACAUUACAUUUAUGGGGAAUUGUCCGCCGUAGUUAAGCGGCUGACGUGGUUUAACGAGAGCGGCAAGAAAAUAAAGGCAAUUUGUUUCGAUCCGACUUGCACUUGGCUGUUAGUAGUCGCGUUAGAUAGUUCGUUGUAUAUUAUACCAGCACUUAGCCUCGUCGAUAAGCGGCAAAGAAUCGACUGUAAAUGGUCACUGACUGAUUUGACUCACUUCUCGAAAGCUCCCAAUGUUUCGGAUUCGAAACCGUUAAGCUUAGUCUGGUGGCAAACUCUCGAUUGUAAUCAGAAUGCGUUGGUCGGUUACGAAGAUGGCGUAAUUGCACUAAUUAGCCUGACAGACGGUCGCUGUUUGGCUACUUGUAACAUUAGCGAUGCAGUUAUACGAUUGUACCUCUGUCAGGAUAAUAGUUUAGACUGUGUCUCUUUGCUGAUUAACGGAGAAAGCGGCCAACAAUGGCGUCUAAUCCUCGAGCAGCAUUCCACGGGCUACAUUUGGCCGCCCGAAAUUAAUACAAGUCUAAGUGAUAGUGCAACGUCCCGUCUACUAUCCUUAAAACAAAUAGGCGCCGAAAAGCUAGCGUUCUUCAGGCAGAGAUUCGAAAAUCGUUCGGGACGACGCGACAGUCAGGCGAGCGACUCGCCCAGCGAGUCAUCGUCGCACUCGGACUCUCUGCACGUAGGACCAGAGUUAUUGCCGCACCUAUGCGACACAUACUUCGCACCGCAGUAUGCGAGGAAUCGUUAUUUAUUUUCAGCAUUCUAUAAACCCACCUGCCUUCUAACGAUACACGCGGUCGAUAUUGAAUCGGCACCGCUAUACGUUCACAAAUUGCCGCGUGAAACUAAUUACCUACUUUUGACCAAUCGACUCAUUUAUUCGGUGAACGAGAGCUCGAAUGCGUUGUCAAUUAUUAGCACACAACUUUCAGAAUGCCGUUUGGACGGAGAUGUCGAAUUCAACCCGCUUUCGUUACUCGCACAAUUUCCCUUCACUAAGACGGACGAGAAAAUUUUAAACAUUUACAAGCUAUCCGAUACCAGCUUGUUUAACGAAGGAAAGUGUAAAGAAGCGCCCUCUUCCGUCGAUCAUCUAAAAAUUCGCAAACCAAAGAUCGACACCUGCGUUGUAAUCACGAGCGCCGGAGUUUACAGAGUUUGCCUAAGUUGUUCGCCAAUUCAACUCUUCGUUAAUCUCAUCGUGGAGGAGUUCAAUAUCGACAGGGCCGAAAAGUUGGCGAUAAUCUUCGGAUUGAAUUUACAGGAACUGCUCGAGAAUUGCGGGGAUCUUUUAAUAUCGGAAGGGGCCUAUCAUAGGGGGCUGAUCUUGUACAAACAGGCCAAGGUUCACUUACUGAAGCGCGUACUUAAACUCGCGGUGUCCGGCGAUAGUCGAGCUCUCUUGAAAUUUGUCCAGCUUUGCCUGACGGCGAGCAAGGUUGAUAUGUCGACGGCUACCAAAAUUCACAUGGGGAAUUUGGCCGUAAUGGCUUAUACUGAGCUAAUUUUGAGGCAUAACGGAAUCGCGCGUGUUAAUACAACUAAGGAUUUCAUGAAUUUUCUGCGCCUUGAAGAGUUCUAUGAUCAAGUACUCGCAGUAAACGUUGCGUGUCAGUCCGGCCAUUGGAACAUUGUAACCCUCUUAGCAAAGACGAGAGGUUUGCAACCGGAAUGCGUGGCGGCGAUGGCCCAAAUACUGCAGUCCACGAACAAAGUGGAAGUUAACAAUCACGAUUUUCUAAUGGCGCUCUCGGAACCAAGUCUAACUCAGAGUUUAUUAAUCUAUACGGCGUGUAGUCGUAAACUCUUCUGUUUCGUCAAGUGUAACGCGCACAAGUUUCCCGUUGAUAUUUUACAACGAUUGGUGAUUCAAUUGGAUCCGAGUCAAUCGGUUGCUUAUCCGGUUGUAAGGCGUUUAUUCCAAAAGAGGAAGUUCUCGACUAGUGUAGAUUCCUCGGUUGAGACAAAUGAAUUUGAAGCGUUUAAUAAUAACAAUGUGCACGUGAAGGAGUUUAUUGAGACUUUUAUUUGGGUGUUGAUCGAGUUGGUUUCACGCACUGACCAUGAUGAACAGUAUAAUAUUGAGUUAUUAAAGAAUGUUGGAGUUCCUAAUUGCACGAUGCAAGCCGCUUAUAUUAAUAAAUUACCAAAAUUAGAACCACUUAGCUGCGGAUACGAGCAUGCGGCUGUUAUCCGUAAUGGUGCCUUAUUUACUAUGGGUGUUGCAAACUCGGGUUGCCUAGGCGUGGGACCUGUUUUGUUGCAAAGUAGCCCGCCGAAACUAGUCAACACGCUAGCCGAGUUGAAAGUUAAGGUGCUCAGUGUAAGCUGCGGCCGGAAGCACUGUCUGGCCUUAACGGAUUGCGGGGUGUACGCUUGGGGCUCCAACUCCUAUGGUCAGUUGGGCGUUGGCCCGCUCACUUGUGAGUCUCCCUAUCCCCAGAUGGUCGGCGAGCUACACGCGAAUGCGAUAGUCAAAGUGGCCGCAGGCCAGUACCACAGCAUGGCUCUGACCGCACACGGCACUGUUUACACUUGGGGUUGGGGAAUACACGGUCAGUUGGGACAUGGAUGUUCCGCUAACGAGCACUACCCCAAGUUGGUGAAGUUCAACUGUCCGAUAGUUCAGAUAGCAGCGGGUCAUGCCCAUAGCCUUAUCUUAACCGCCGAUGGAAAACUGUACGGUUUCGGCUCCAACGCAUUCGGUCAGUUGGAGAACAGUAACAUUACCGGCAGUAAAACAACAGUUCCAACUUGGAUUACGGUGCUGCCGGAUAUUUACACGCCCAUCAAGAGAAUUGCUGCCGCCUAUUUUCACAACAUUGCGGUACGUACAGACGAGGGAGUUUACACGUGGGGCGCUAGCCCGCAAGAAGUGCGCUUGUAUCAGUCAAAGUACAGCCAGAAACAGAACAUCGUCGGUACAAAAUCGCACGAACCGUGGAAGAGCAGCUUGAACGUUUUCAGCGGAAACGAGAAGGAGCCCGUUGAGCAGGUCGCCGUCGGAUUUAGACAUUCGGCCGUCUUGCAAGGCGGAAAGAUAUUUCUGUGCAAAAACAUGGAGGACGAAAUGAGUCCGCCGAAACUGAACAAUCGUGAUUUGGGUAUACUAAGUCAACGGUUCUUGCACGUUUCGUGCGGGCUUGAUUUCACCAUCGCCAUGGAUCAUAGUGGAAAACUUCUGGCUUGGGGGAAUAAUGCCAUGGCUCAGACAUUACUUGGAAAAUCUCAAGACGAAGAAUAUAAGCACAAAGACGGUAAAGUGGUCAUAUUUAAAAACACAAAGCGUGCAAUUAAAAUUCCACACACCGUCCAAAACGGGACCGAUUUAUUCCCAAUCGAAAUUCCCGGACUACCUUCAAUGGCGAUUACUUACAGCCCAUCCGAUGGCGACUCGUAUCACAACAGAGACCUUUUACCUUCUUCGAUACUUUGCGUCGAAAAUAAUUCCGAGUCUCGUACCGACAAGGUGAAAAUUAACGGAUCAUCUGCUUUAGAGCAAAUCAAGCAAACUGCCUCGUACACUUUCGGCCAAAAAACUCUUCACUACGUCCUGGAGAGCUACGCGGGAUAUUACGAUACGGAAGGCGUUCUGUCCAAGUGCCUGAAAGUAAACAAUCUGCAAGCGGCGAGCAAGAUAGCGAUGUUAGAGGAGCACUACAGCGACAGUUUGGGCUUUCAACUUCAGGCGUUUAGAGAAUACAUCAAUCGGCAGAAGUACGACUUUUCGAUGCACAGUUGUAAGCUGGACGCCGACAUUUACGAGGUCUUUGCGCACGAGAAAACCAACUACUUAAGCAGUAGUUCGUCGCUGGACAGCAUACAGCAGUGGAGCGACGACUACGAAGAUCAAGGCGGUUGUGAGAGUCCCUGCAGUAUAUCCGAAUCAGGCGACAUGCGCCAGACGAUGUCGCAGUACGUGCAAUCGGUGAAGGCCGACAGCUCACCGAUAUCCACCGUUUCUAAGCUGAUUUCGGACAAUCCCUACAGGAAUAUGAAGAACAAAAUGAUGGACGACGAUGAGUUGCUGUUACAAAUUAAAGACCCGAGCGCGCGUGAGAUCACCGAGCUCGGGGCGCGUCUCGUCGAGUUUUACAUUAAGCAAACCUACUGCUCCGAGAACCACAUUUUAAUGCAGAAUAUUCUGUUGAAGGUUGUCGAAUUUUGGUUAUCUAAUAAUCUACCUGUGCCUAUCUUAGAACAUAUACUAUUGAAAAAUAUGGAUAAGUAUUUCUACCCGCUUUCUAUUUUGUUAUUUUGCAAAAAUUACAAUGAUAAUUUAGGCGACGUGAUCAUUAAGGACGACGUAAUAAAACAGAAACCUUCCGGUUUCCUAAAGGAGUUUUCUACAAAGUUUUGCUUACAGUUGUGCUCUAUGGUUUUGGAAAAUGUGAAUAAGGCCUAAGGUUGGGAGCAACGCGUACUUAUUUCUAGUCUUUUAGAUCUCAUAGUUGUGAUAUUUACGUAGGCUUUUUAAACAUGUUUGUUUAGUCUUCCUUGUUUUAUUUUGCUGUACAGUGAUGUAGGUUGUUACAAAGUUGUGAUAGUGUUUAGAAAACUUCGUACUCAUUCCAGGCCCCCCAAAUUCUUUUAAUAGUGUAGUGCCAAAAAAAAAUUAAUUGUAUGUCUACUUGGAGCAGCUUUUAUGUUUACCUUUAGAAUAGUACUGUACUACUUGUAUUUCCAGUAGGUCUUACUCUCUCAAAGAUAUUAACGUUGAGUCAUAUUUUUAAUUUGUCAAUUGUUAUCAUUAUAGUACAUUUGUAUUUAAAUAACUUACGCAGCUGAAUUAUAUUCCUCUUGCAAAUAUAAAUUUUAUUCUUUUGUUUUUUUUUGCGAUGUUAAUUGUUUC